AUGUCUAAUAGCCUUAAAUCAACUACUAAGAAACGUAAGAGACAAUUAGGUGCUAAACCAUCUAAUCGUACGAAUGACGAAGACAUUACCGAUAUUUCAUCAAAUGAAGAGGUGAACUCAUCCGAAGAUGAAUUGAAUAUGGAUGACAAUAAUGAGGCAGAAAUUGAUUCAGAUGAGGAAUUUGAAACCGAAAAUGCGGCAGACAAGAGGAGGCGGUUGGCAAAGCAAUAUUUGGAAAACCUGAAGACUGAAGCCAAUGACAUUAUGGAAAGUAGUGAAAAUACGCUAACUCGUGAGAAUCAGUCUAUAGAAGUUGAUAAUUACAAUAAUUUUGAUGCCAAAGACCUUGAUCGAGACAUCAUUGCAUCGAGACUAAAAAAUGAUGUUGCUGAGCAACAUGGUCGUGUAUAUAGGUGGAUUAGUGAUAAACUAUUAUUGUCCGAAGCCAAGACAUCAUUCACUAGAGUUGGUGAAAAGAACUUAACUUCCAUUAGUUGCUAUCAGCCAGGUAUCAAUAAGUUUUCCGACUCAAUCGCCCAGAAUAAAAACAAGGCAAAAAUCUUUGCUUACACUGUAAGUAAAGACAUGCAGUUGACAAAAUAUGAUGUUACAGAUUUUGCGGCGAGACCAAAACGAUUGAAAUAUACCAGAGGAAGUAGGAAUUAUUAUAAAUCAGGUCAGCAUGAAUACGAAAAUACUACUGAGGGGCAUUACGAUGAGAUUCUUACAGUUUCUGCUUCCCCCGAUGGUAAAUAUGUUGUCACCGGCGGUAGAGAUAGGAAACUGAUUGUUUGGAGUACUGAAUCAUUAACGCCAGUGAAGGUGAUCCCAACUAAAGACCGGAAAGGUGAAGUACUUGCAUUAGCAUACAGAAAAAACUCUGAUCAGCUUUAUGCGGCAUGUGCUGAUUACAAGAUUAGAACAUACGCAAUUAAUCAAUUUGCACAACUGGAAGUGCUAUACGGUCAUCAAGAUUUGGUCGUGGACUUAUCUGCAUUAAAUAUGGAGCGCUGUGUCACUGUUGGCUCCAGAGACCGUUCUGCAAUACUGUGGAAGAUAGCGGAUGAGACAAGGCUGACUUUUAGAGGCGGUGACGAUCCUGAGAAACUUUUGAGAAAAUGGCUAAAGGAGAAUGUAGAUCAAGAGAAAGAGCAACCUGUUUUCUGUGGCGAAGGUAGCAUAGAUUGUGUUACCAUGGUGGACGACUCUCAUUUCAUUACAGGCUCUGACAACGGUAAUAUUGCAUUGUGGUCUUUAUCAAGAAAGAAGCCUAUAUUUAUUUAUAGAGCUGCUCACGGUAUAAUUCCACUUCCUAAGGAGAAUAAAAUCAGCGCGGAAUCGGACACUAGUUUGUGUGCGGAACAAUUACAAGGCACUAAGCUUAUGAAGCCUUAUUGGAUCACUUCCCUUUACGCUAUUCCAUAUAGCAACGUUUUCUUUAGCGGCUCGUGGAAUGGAAGCCUAAAGGUAUGGGCUCUUAGUGAAAACAUGCGCGACUUCAAACUAAUCUCGGAAUUACAGAACUGCAAGGGUUUAGUUACAAAAAUACAGGUUGUCGAAGCGGGAAAACAUCAAAAAGAGACAUUCCGUGUACUUGCUAGUGUCAGUAAGGAACACAGACUUGGUAGAUGGGUUGACGAGAUCCCAAAUGCCAGAAAUGGGAUUUACUCAGCUGUGAUUGAACAAAGCACAUUCUGA